CGGUAUUACGUAUCAGAUUGGUGUCUAUAAACGGGUCAUCGAUGCAGUAUUUACUAGUUUCCUUGGGUCAAAAUGAGUUGAAGAGCAGGUCAUAACUCAACUCGUCCAGCUCAAAACCAUUGUUAUAUGUUUUUCUUUUUUUCUUUUUAAAUCUCCAACUAUAUAAUUGAAUUGUUAAAAGAAUUGAUAUUUUGUUCACUAAAGAAUAAAUAUAUCCUGACGCAAAAACUACUAUAUUUGUUUUGUUAUUUUUUCUUCUAAAUUUUGACAAAACUCUCCUAUGAAAUGAAUCGUACUAAUAAUGUAGACCUUGAUCAAGCCUUUUAGAUGGGCUGUUUUAGGUUAUACAAUGUUUGAACUCGUAAAUAAAAAUAAAAGUUUAUGAAUCAAAAUUUUACUAUGAAUAAGAGGGGUGAAAUUAUGCUGGAUGGAUAUAUUUAGGACCAUCAUUUAUAUUUUGACCUUGUUAAAAAAAGUUUUGGAAAAAUAAACCUGCCUUUUGAAGCAUAAAAAAUUCUAAGGAUCACCAGAAUUUCAAAUCACAAUGCGAAAAUGUUUUGGUGGUGGCCAUCACCGGGAGCAUACUACCAAAUUCUGAUGUGGAGGUUAUUUUAUAAAGGUUUUUUUUAACUGGGUCAAAAUUUAAAUGGUGGCACCGAUAGAUCCAAUUUGCGCAAAUCUUCUAAGAGGUUCUUAAUGAUUCACUGUUGGGUCAAAAGAUGGAGGCCCAAAAUAGAGUCCAACAAUUGGCUUUUGCUGCCGAAGCAUAUACUAGCUUUUUCCUUCUUCAAGUCGCAAUUCUCACAGGGAAAAAGCUAUAAAGCACAAAUGGCGCAAAUGGUUUAUCCCGCCCUUCUCACACUACAAAAUUGAUCGGAGCCCGACUUCCUAUUCGGGUUUCUCAGCUCCGCGGAAGUAAACACAGUACUGACUUUGGAUUUCGUUUUGGGCAUAUAUACUUACACCCUUGUAGUUGCUAGGGCUGUUGUUCCCACAUUUUGCACUUCGAUUUUUGUGUCCAAGCACGUCCUACUUGAAUCUGUGGUCGAUAAUACAGAUGGAGCCUAUAACUUCAGAGGUCGAACCAAUUCAAGUUAACAAUGCUUCACGGAAACCUCGGAUUCUGCUAGCUGCAAGUGGAAGCGUGGCAACAAUCAAGUUUGCAAAUCUAUGUCAUUGCUUUUCUAAAUGGGCAGAAGUCAAAGCAGUUGCAACAAAAGCUUCUCUUCAUUUCAUAGACAAAGUGUCAUUUCCAAAAGAUGUCGUCCUUUAUACUGAUGACGAUGAAUGGUCCACUUGGAAGAAAGUAGGUGAUAGCGUGCUACACAUUGAGCUCCGUAGAUGGGCUGAUAUCAUGGUUAUUGCCCCUCUGUCAGCAAAUACGCUUGGAAAGAUUGCUGGUGGAUUGUGUAAUAACUUGCUGACCUGCAUUGUGCGAGCAUGGGACUAUGAUAAACCCCUCUUUGUGGCACCAGCCAUGAAUACAUUUAUGUGGAAUAACCCAUUCACCGAGCGGCACCUUAUGAUAAUUGAUGAGCUUGGCAUCUCUCUUAUACCACCGGUACCAAAGAGGCUAGCCUGUGGAGAUUAUGGAAAUGGAGCAAUGGCGGAGCCUUCUCUCAUCUUCUCAACUGUAAGACACUGUUUACAUUCACGAUCACAAUCGGGAAGCAGCACUGUAUCAUGAUCCAUGUAUCAUGAAAAUUCAUUCAUCGUUUCAUCCAAGGCAUAGAUAUUGCUGCUGAAGUUUGCCACAAGAAUGUUUGUCCCAAGGAUCCUAUCCUGUUGGGACAAUUCUCUUCAUGGCUUGGCAUGUUAGUCUUCUUCCUGUUCUUUCGCCUUCCUACUAUCUUGUUUGUACUAGUAGGAGAUACUCGCGUCUUAGGUUUACUUUCAUUUUGUAUAAUAGCUGCUAAAAAUGGAUGCAAUCAUGGACAGACGUGUGGAAAACAGAUGCAGCUCUUCGAUUAGUGUAGCAAAUGAGGCUGGAAACUCAAUAUAUUUGAAGAGUAGGUUUACUUGUACAAAUUUGUUGCUCUUAGAUUCUCAGGUUUCUCAGACUAUAUAAAACUUUACUGCACCUGGCACAAUUUAAGACUUUA